AGGACAGCCCUGCGGAGGCCGACGAGCCGGAGUCUGAGGAGCGACCUCACGCCGCCGCCGGGAAACUGGGAGCGAAGAAACAGAAGAAGCUGGAGGAGAAGCAAGCGCGCAGAGCUCAGAGAGAGGCCGAGCUGGAAGAGCGAGAGGAGAGGAAGAAGAUGCAGGAACUCAGAGAUCAAGAGAGACAGAAAGAAGAGGAGAAGGAGAAACUGCAAGAGCAAAAACAGGAGGAUGAGUUGCGUCGUGCCAAAGAGGAUCAGGAGAAGAGAGAAGAGGAGGAGUACCAGCGGAUGAAGGAGGCGUUUGUGAUCGAGGACCAGGGAGAAGCAGAAGAGCUCGACGAGCAAGAGUCUCGCAACCUCCUGCAAGAGUUCAUCCAGUUUGUCAAGAAAUCGAAAGUGGUUUUGCUGGAGGACUUGGCGUCUCACUUUGGCUUGCGCACACAGGAUGCUAUUGCCAGACUUCAGGACCUGAUCGCAGACGGUUCCCUUACAGGAGUGAUCGACGACCGAGGGAAGUUUAUCUUCAUCACACCGGAGGAGUUGAGUGCUGUGGCUCAGUUCAUCAAGCAGAGAGGAAGAGUGUCCAUCUCUGAACUCGCUCAAGCCAGCAACACCCUCAUAAACCUCACGCCCGACAUCCAGAGCACACCAGCAUAACAUAAAGGGC